AUGGGACGCACUUUCACGGACCUGCCGCCUGAGAUCCGCAACGGGAUAUACGAAUUGGCACUCCAGCACCACCGCCCACUUCAUGUCAUUCGAGUCUGGAUCAAACGCCAGUCCGGCUACGCCCUCAAAUUGGAGCGCUCGUCCUGCAUGCCGGCCCUUCUCGCCACCUGCCGUACCAUCAACAAAGAAGCGACACCAGUCCUCUACGGCAGCAACAACAUCCUCAUCGGCGGCGCCAGCGUCCCAGAUUUCGUCGCCCAGAUUGGCACCUCCGUCAAACACCUCCGCCACAUCGAGGUCGGCUUCCACGGCACCAUCACAACUCUCCGCAGUGCUAUGAGAGCUCUGCAACCAGCAGGUGAGUUGGAGAUUCUGAGAAUCGGCAUCUAUAUGUUUGGCGAUGCGAAGAAUGCGUGGGAAAUGGCUCGUGGAUUGGAGCCGUGGGUCAAGGCGCAAUGCGGACGGGGACGCAGCGGCAGCAGCAGCAGGGGUUCGGAGAAGAAAGAUGUGGGGGAUGUGGUGAAGGUGUUGAAGUUUGCUGGGAGGGAGUUUGCGGCAGAAGGGAUGGGUGUCGUCAAGGUUCGCGAGAAGUACGAAGAAGAGAUGUCCGAGAAAAAGCAAAAACGUGGCUUCCUUGAUCUACCACCAGAAAUUCGGUUGAUUGUGUAUUAUAUCUUGCUUGAAGGCAAGGGAACUGUUGACAUACGACGAAGUACACCUAAACAAGAAUCUCACGGAAGAGCACACGCCAUCGUCACGACAUGCCAACCCAAGAUCCGAGCUUCUAUUGUAUUUGUCAACAAAGUCAUCUACAAGGAGGCCCUCCCGAUCCUGUACAAGAAGCAUACAUUUUACGCCCGAGACCCAGCACUCAUGACGACCUUCAUUCAGCGCCUCGGUUUCUCCAUCCAACACCUAACCCACAUCAGCAUCGACUACAACUCCAUCCUCGACUUCAGAGCCAACUUCAAAGCUAUGAUAAGCGCUUUAACGAGAGCCAAGGAUUUGAGAACCCUCGAGCUGGCGCAGUCACUCUAUCAUCCGGGAGAAAGUUGGUCGCCCCUGUUCGCCUCUGCGGCAGGAGUCUUGGAUAGACUCAUGCCCUUGCUGGAGGCUUUGCAUCGUGCUCGGCCGAAUGAGAGAGGCGAGGCCAGAUCGGCUUCGGACCUUCUUUCGGUCCGUAUAAUGCGCAUUGAUCACGAGCAUUGGAGGAUGCGGUAUGCUGAAGCUGAGGAGCUGGAGACGGGUGUGAAGAAGUUGAUGGACGAGACUAUGGCAAGGAUGACGAAGGAGAAGACGGAGAAAGAGAAAGAGCCCGUCUUCCGAUUCAUGGACCUGCCGGUCGAAAUACGCUGCGUCAUCUACCAGUAUUUGCUGCAAGGCACAUGCACCGUCGAAACCAUUUCGGGCUAUCCGAAGGCAAACUCUCGCGCUCGAGCCAUGAUCCACGACAAAUGCCAGCCACACAUCUCGGCGGGGAUCAUCUUGGUGAGCAGACAAGUCUUCAACGAAUCCGUCUCGAUCCUGUACAGCGCCAAUACCUUUGUGACCCAUUACGUGAAGGAGGCCCUUUUCUUCGCAAAGAGCAUCGGCAGCCAAAUCCGCUACGUACGCCGUAUCGGAUUUGCGAGUACAGGCCCCAGGUUCAAGAUCUGCUUCACGGACUUCAUUCAAGUCUUGGAAUCAGCCAAACGACUCGAAGUUCUGGAACUGCCCUAUAACAUCCUUGCCCCCACGAAGUGCAGUUGGUACUACACUCCUGACCAGCUCGUCGGAUGGCUUGCCCCUCUUUUCCGAAUCUUGCACGAUGCCAAACAAGACUACAAACCCAAGAAGAACAAGGUUACCUCACACAUUCUGGUGAUCAAGGUGUGUGACAAUUUCCACUUGACCCCAGCGUUUUCUGCACGAGACAGAAAUGUCGAACACUCUUCGACGUCUCGCUCCUCAAGUAUCGGGAUAGGGGACAAAUGGUACACCACUGCACUCCGUUUCAAGAUCAGCAACCACCGUGCCACCUAUGACGAACAAGGAGAACAAGACGAGGAAAUUAUACGGAGAAGAGCUUCACAUCGUCGCGAGCCUGCAACAGCUCGAACCUCGACCACACCACACGUACAGUCGCCCCGACCUGCUGCAGACCACGCCGACAUGGCAGGUUUCCUCGACUUGCCGGUUGAGCUUAGAUGCGUCAUCUACAAUCAACUCGGCCUCAAGAGCGACUGCAUAAUUGAAGUUCGCAAGAUGACGCCCUCCCAUGGCAGCCCUGAUCGCCUCAUUCUGAACCAACACUGCAUGCCGAAUCUCUCGACGGCUAUCAUCUUCGUCAAUAAAGAGAUCAACGCCGAAGCCUCAUCGAUCCUCUACGCCGUCAACAAGUUCUCCUUCACCCACAUCGGAGUAUUGAACAUAUUCCUCCAGCGCCUCGGACCACUCGCCCAACAUGUCCGCCACGCCGGCUACCAGGAGCUCGGCAGCAAGCAAGAACUCAAGACCCUCAUCUCUCUCCUCAAGCCAGCCAAAUACCUCACGAAGCUCGCCAUCUCAAACGAAGUCACGGACUCGACGGGAUGGUUCCGAACCUACAACGCGAAGCAGUUCUUCAAGCCAUUGGAGCCUCUCUUCGAGGCGCUGAGUGAGGCGAGGAACAAUCAGUUCGAUGAGAGGAAGAAGGCUAUCUCUGAUAUUGUGUCCAUCCAUCCUACCUAUUACCUGGCGGAUAUUAGUGUGAAGAUGAGCAGGGCUUGGGCCAACGCUGCCAGAGAUGCGGAAGCUGUUGAGGCGGAGAUGAAGGUUCUGGUUGCGGAGCAUUAUGGAUAG